AAGUGGAUUUAAUUUCAGUAUAGAUGAACUGCUUUUUCUUUCCUCUGAAUUGCAUAGGGAUGCCAUUAUUAAUACAAUCCAAUCAGUUUUCAAAAUAUUAUGACCAAGUUAGAAUGUAUUUCUUUACCAAUGUGUGAAUAGAUACAUAGAUGUAUUUGCCCUGUCUCCUCAGGGGAGGUUGUGAUCCUUUGUGCUGUCAAUACAAAUAUCUUCUGAAUUGAUGGCUCUUGGGUCUGUAAUGCUUGCAUACCUAUGAACUAUAGUAUAUUUAAAUUAAUAGACUUUUGCUGGGUUCACAUAUAAUGACAGGUCAUGGAAGGAAUGGUUUGUUAUGUGUAAAAUUGGAAGCAUGGUGAAAUGUGGCACAGUUGAUUACUGUGAAUCACCACAGAGAACAAACAGUUUUAAGGUUUUCACUUUUCAGCAUUGCUUCUCAUUGUGUGUGAAGCUGGUUACAAUGUUUUUCCAUGGUUUCCCCAUUUCAGCCAGUGAGUUCAGCAGCAAGAGUGGCCACAGCUGCUUCAGCUGCCCUUUUCACUGCCUUGUUCACCUAGCAACAGCCGAGUUGCCAACAGACAGUGCGCUGACCCCCGUGUUCCCUGUCUCCUUUCCCAGUGCAUUCUCUCUGAUGCCUGGCCGUCCCACUGCCGUGUCCAGUUUUUCACCUACCCACUGCCUGGCCAAUCACCAACAUGCCUGCCUUGCCCAACUGUCAUGGCUAUACCACCAUGUGCCCUCCUAGCAUGGCCUCUCUUGUGAGUCAUGCUUUCCCCUCUCUCGCAAGCACAUGAGGAAGCACAGCCUUCCAUGAGAGGGAACAGCACACUUGUGCCAGAGGCCCAGCAGGCACAAGCAGCAUUUCAGCAAUCUAGAUAUGUGGGUGAUCUGGCCAGGCAGCCACUGACGGAGAACACAUCCAGGGGAACAUGCAGGUCAAUGGAGGAGGGGAGGAGCGAUGCAUGUAGAAGUGGUGCAUGCUGGGAUUGGUUCCUAGCUGAAGGGCUGAUGGAAUGCAUGCACCAUUUGGAGGGAAAAUAGAUCUGUGCUGAUAGUACUCAGGGUUAGUUACUUUGUGAUUGUAUGAACACAGGACGCAAGGUAAGAAGGCAACUGCACAGUAACCAUUCUUAUGUCUGAGCAGCCCUUAUGGCCUUAACUAAUGAAAGCUGUUGAGAUACAGUUCCUUGGCAUUGUAUGAGUACAUUUUAAGGAACCAAGUUUGAAUGAUUACUUUAUUUGCUUCCCCUGCAUGUGUAACAACUCAUAUGAGGGAUCAACUUAAUAUCGCAAGUGCAAUACCUGGCAGAAGGAGCCUGCAGAACUAUGCAGAUUAUUCUCUACAAUCAUAGAAUGUCUGAAGUACAUUUGCACUGGGGAUUUCCCACCUGGCACCAAAGGAAAUUCAUUUGUCCAUGAUCCAAAAGUUGCCAAUGAAACAGAUGUCAGAGCUCAAAUUCGACUUCAGUUUCGUGAUGUUAAUGGAGAGCUUGUAGCUGUCCAGCGAUCUAUGGUGUGUACUCAGAAAGGAAAGAAAACAGAAUUUAAAACUCUUGAAGGAGUCAUUACCAGAACAAAACAUGGAGAGAAGGUCAGCCUAAGUUCCAAAUGUGCAGAAAUUGACCGUGAGAUGAUUAGUGCCCUUGGCGUUUCCAGGUCUGUGAUUAAUAAUGUCAUUUUCUGUCAUCAAGAAGAAUCCAACUGGCCUCUAAGUGAAGGAAAGGCUCUGAAACAAAGAUUUGAUGAGAUCUUUUCAGCAACAAGGUACAUUAAGGCUUUAGAAACACUUCGUCAGGUACGUCUGAAGCAAGGACAACGAAUUAAAGAGUGCCAGGUCGAGCUGAAGUACUUGAAACAGAAUAAAGAAAAAGCGCAUGAGAUUCAGAAUCAACUUGCCAAUAGGGAAACUCAGUUGGCUGCCUCCAGGGAAAAUGUUAAAUCUAUUGAGGACCAGCUUGAACCUCUAAGGAAUCAUCUAACAGAAAUAGAACAGAAUCUUGUAAAAGUAAUGAGACUUGACAAUGAAAUUAAAGCUCUGGAAAGUCGAAAAAAACAGAUGGAGAAGGAUAACCAAGAUUUGCAACAAAAAAUGGAGAAGGUUUUUCAAGGAACUGAUGAGCAGCUUAGAGAAAUGUAUCAAAACCAUCAGAGAACUGUGAGAGAAAAGGAGAAGAAGUUAACAGAAUUUCAAAGAGAGCUGGAGAGAACAAACAAAGAUUGCCUAAGAUUCAACAGAGAAAAAUCUGAACUAUUGGUUGAACAAGGUCGCCUCCAGUUGCAAGCAGAUCGUCAUCAGCAACAUAUAAGAACCAGGGAUUCAUUAAUUCAGUCACUGGCAGCACAGUUGGAACUGGAGGGAUUAGAAAGACCACCUUUCAAUGAACGGCAAAUUAACAAUUUUCACCGCCUUGUGAAAGAGAGACAGGACAAGGACAUGGAAGCUGCUAAUCAGCUGAUGAGAGAAUUUAGCGAGAAGGAACUAAUGAAGCAGAAACAACUAGAUGAAAUAAGAGAUAAAAAAACUGGACUUGAAAGAACCAUUGACCUAAAAUCAGACAUUCAAAAUAAGAAACAGCUUGAAGUAAAAAACCUGAAAUAUGAGUUACAUCAGCUUGAAGGGUCUUCAGAUAGGCUCUUGGAACUGGAUCAGGAACUUACCAAAGCAAAACAUGAACUAGAUGAAGCUGAAAAGAAUUGCAACGUUGAAGGCCUAGAAAUGGAAAUACAAGAGCUGCAAAGAGAGAAAGCAACUUUGGACAGUUUUCUUCGUAAAUUGGAUAAAGAAAUGGAACAGCUGAACUUGAAUACUACCAUAAUUACCCAAAUGGACAUGCUGAAAAAAGAUAAAGCAGACAAAGAAGAACAAAUAAGAAAAAUAAAAUCCAGACACAACGAAGAGUUAAUUACCUUGAUGGGAUAUUUUCCAAACAAAAAACAGCUUGAAGAUUGGCUUCACUCUAAAGUUAAAGAAAUUAAUGAGACACGAGACAAAAUUGCUAAGCUAAACAAAGAACUUGUUUCAGCAGAGCAAAACAAAAAUCAUAUUAGCACUGAAUUACGAAAAAAAGAGGAACAAAUGUCCAGUUAUGAGGAAAAACUUUUUGAUGUUUGUGGAAGCCAGGAUUUUGAAAGUGAUCUCUACAAACUUCAAGAUGAAAUAGAAAAAACAUCCAAGAAGCGAGCCAUGCUUGCUGGUGCCACUGCAGUUUAUUCGCAGUUCAUCACACAAUUAACAGAUGAGAAAGAAUCAUGUUGUCCAGUUUGUCAGAGAGUCUUCCAGUCAGAGGCUGAGCUGCAGGAAGUAAUAGAUGAUCUUCAGGCUAAGCUGCGUCGUGCUCCAGACACACUGAAGACAACAGAGGCUGAGCUAAAGAGGAGAGAGAAAAAACGUGAUGAAAUGAUGUCACUUAAACCUGUCAGGCAAAUGGUAACUGAACUCCAGGAAAAGGACAUACCUGACUUAAGGAACAAGCUACAGAAUCUCAACAGAGAUAUCCAACGCCUUAAAAGUGAUAUAGAAGAACAGGAAACUCUUUUGGGUACUAUCAUGCCUGAGGAAGAAAGUGCCAAAGCAUGUUUGCAAGAUAUUACAUUUAUGGAAAGAUAUCAGACUGAUCUAAGGGAUGUUGAGCGAAAAAUUGCACAGCAGGCUACUAAGCUGCAGGGAGUAGAUUUAGGUCGAACUCUUCUACAAGUGAGCCAGGAAAAGCAAGAGCGAAAACAUCAGUGGGACACGGUUGCAGGCAAAAUUGAAUUGAAGCAGACUCUUAAGCAAGAUCAGCAAAAUCAAAUCCAGCAUCUGAAGAGUACAAUUAAUGAGCUGAAUACAGAGAAACUUCAGAUUUCUUGUCGUAUGCAACGUCGACAGCAGCUAGAAGAGCAAACUGUGGAGCUGACCACAGAGGUGCAGUGCUUGAACAGAGAGAUUAAGGAAGCAAAGGAGCAGAUAUUUCCUUUGGAAACAACUUUGGAAAGACUUCAACAAGAGAAAGAAGAGCUAAUGGACAAAAAGAACACGAGUAACAAAGUGACACAAGAGAAGAUAAGCGACAUUAAAGAAAAAGUUAAAAACAUCCAUAACUAUGUAAAAGAGAUUGAGAAUUACAUUCAAGAAGGGAAAGAGGAAUACAAACAGCAAAAGGAAUGUGAACUUGAUGAAGUCAAGGCUCAGCUAGCAGAAUCUGAGAAAAAGAAAGAGAAGAUAAAUAAAGAAAUGGGAACAAUCAGGCAAGAUAUUGAUACCCAAAAGAUUCAGGAGCGAUGGUUAGAAGAUAAUCUUACUUUGAGGAAAAGAAACGAAGAUCUAAAAGAGGUUGAAGAAAGCAUAAGGCAGCAUUUGAGGGAGAUGGGCGAAAUGCAAGUCCCGCAACUGAAAAGACAUUCCUGUUUCUCUGGAGGGCAGUGUACCUAGAGACAUAGCACCGAA